AUACUUCAAUCAUCCAGAAGGUUACGGAACGCAACAGUCAUCUUGUCAUCAUCCCUUGCCUUAAACAAACACCGCCUUCAACAUUGUCAUUACCGCCAUAAUGCCCGCUGCUGAUCGUCCACGUCGCGACAAUAGGAAGACUACGUAUGAUAGCUUGAACGAAACAAGACUUGCUGAAGCUGCUGGCGAUCGCGAGAAAGGCACCGCCAAGAAGAGCAGGCCCAAGAAGAAGGCGGCCCCUGCUGCUAAGAAGGCUGCUCCUGCUACCAAGAAAUCUACUAAGAAAGCCCCUAAAAAGGCCACUAAGAAGGCUGCCCCUGCUACUAAGAAGGUUGCUAAGAAGGCCGACCCUACUCAAAAGAAAGCCGCUACGGAAGAUGCAGGCAACGACACACUCCACAAGACCAGGUCUGGACGUGUGACGAAGAACACGGCCAAUACCAAGAAGACAUUGAAGAAGAAAGCUCCUUCUCCACCGCCUUCUGACACUUCCUCAACAGAUACGCCAGCUCCGGCGUUGCUAGAAAGGAGUCCUAUCAAAAGCCCCGUCACAAAUUUAAAGAGUCGAAAGACUCACACCACGACAAGAAGCCUCAUUUCAAAGAGUACGACCCUGAAGAAGUCAUCGCGAACUCCGCCAAAGGCUUCGCCUAAGCAACAAGCCGCUUCAGCUAAUCCAAAAUCUCCGAAGGCACCGGAGAAUCGACGCGGGUCUUUCUAAAUCUAAGAGGGGGUUGUAAAUUAUGACGGGGCUGAGGUACUAAGUAGGUGAUGGAAUGAACGUGAGGAAUGUGUUGGGCUUGUUUUUUCUCUUAUCAAUCGUUGGGGUACGGUGUCUUGUUUGUGUUGUUUUGAUCAGUCGGACGUUUCUAUGCAAAACGAUUCCAGUGUUGUAUUUUAGUGUCGUUGCUGUUUCCUUAAUUUUUAUCCGGAAAAAUCAAUUCUUUACUCCUUUUCGAUGUCCUGCUUCUUAAGCAAAGGUGCACUUAAUUUUUCACUCGCAAUCUCCGAC